GCAGCCCGUCUGCUUCUGACUGGUGAAGGACUACCUUUCGGCUCUGCCUCUCGCUGGGCUGCUGUACAAAGAUGGCGGGCGAACUGGUGGAAGCGAUGAAUAUGGUGAAGAGUUUCCGGGUGUCUGACCUGCAGACGCUGCUGGCCUCCAUGGGCCGCAGUAAGAGCGGUCUAAAGCAUGACCUGGUGGGACGGGCGCUGAGGCUGGUGCAGACAGAGUACAGCCCAGAGCUUCUGAAGAACGUGCGGCAGCUCUACGAGUCACGCUUCCCCAAGGCGUCGGGUUGGCUGGCUGCUCGGCGCCCAGAGGGGGUCCCGGUGGCCUACUCCUCUCUCAGCUCGUCCCCCACGGGCACUCAGGGCGCAGACUACCUCAACGGCAUCCCCAAGCUGUCCUCCACACCUGCGGCUGAGGUCAAGCUGGUGUCGCUGCCCUUCUACCAAACUCUGGAGACGCUGUUGCCGCCAACAGAGCUAAUUGCCCAGAACAAUGAGAAACUGCAGGACAGUCAAUGCAUAUUUGAAUUAACACAGAGCCAAGCGGACCAAGUCAGAAACUCAACUGAGCUUCGACCAGGAAUGAAGGCAAUACAGGUGGUUCUUAGAAUCUGUUACACAGACUCCAUCGGUGUCCAGGAAGAUCAGUACCCUCCCAAUAUUGCUGUCAAAGUCAACCAGUCCUACUGUCAUGUACCAGGUUACUACCCGUCUAAUAAGCCAGGUGUGGAGCCACGUCGGCCCUGUCGUCCAGUCAACAUCACACCCUGGUUACACCUCUCCACUGCCACCAACCGGGCCACCGUCACAUGGGGCAACUUCGGCAAGCGCUACUCAGUGGCAGUGUAUUUAGUCAGGGUCUUCACAUCAGCAGAGCUCUUCAGCCAACUUAAACACUGCUCAGUGGAGAGUGCAGAACGCUGUCGUGAACGCAUCCAGGACAAGCUACGCUUUGAUCCAGAGAACGAGAUCGCCACCACAGGGCUACGGGUGUCCCUCAUCUGUCCUCUGGUGAAGAUGCGGAUAGGCGUGCCGUGUCGGGUGCUGACCUGUGCCCACUUGCAGUGUUUCGAUGCCAUCUACUUCCUGCAAAUGAAUGAGAAGAAGCCCACGUGGACCUGCCCUGUGUGUGACAAACAGGCUCCCUUCGAGCUGCUCACCAUCGAUGGGCUGGCAUCUGAGAUCUUAAAAGAGACCCAUGAGGAUAUUGAGGAGAUUGAAUAUCUGACUGACGGUUCAUGGAGACCCAUCCGAGAUGAGAAGGAGAGGGACAGGGAGAGGGAACGGAGCAACACUCCUGACUAUCCUGUAGUGGAUAUAUGUGUUCCUGAGGCGAACGGCCACUCCCCGGCCCACAGCAGCACCAGCCAGACGGGGAAGUCAGGAGCAGGGUCCACAGCGGGGGGGACGGGGGGAGGAGUUGUGGUAGAUCUGACUCUGGACUCUGAGGAGGAGGAGGAGGAGGGGGGAGGGGCUAGAGGAGACAGCGACGACACUGAGGACAGCCAGGACAGCCCCGCCCCCAAGAGGGGCCGAUACGACUAUGACAAGGACCUGGUCACUGCCUACUGACUGGCGGACUGACCCCAUAGACUGAGAGAGAGGGUUGGGCUAGACUGGAGGACAGGAAAUCAUUAGUCCCUACUACAUCCCCUGCCCGCCCGCCCCCACUUCUCUGGUGUUUAUCCACACACAGACACACUCUCAUACAUGCACUGUCAACCUCUGGAGUGGUUAGGUUUCAUCUAUACACCACUGGAAACAACAGCUCCCUAACACUUGUGGCCCUCCCCCUCCCAGCAUUCGAAAUCUGUAUCCUCCCUCUUAGAGACUAUUUAAAAUGGUAACGUCCUCCCUAACUAUUUCCCCCCUCCAUCUCCUUGUACUUUGUAUUUGACUUGAACUUAAGGCUCUCAAAGCCCCAAGCAUUUGGUGUUUAGCCACUUUUUGUGAUCGCAGGCAGUGACUGUAUGGCGCAUCCUCCGUAGUUCAAUAGUAAGAGGUCAAGAUAACCUUAAUGAAGAAUUUGUGACACAAGCCACAGACUAUGAUGAAAUUGAACACCCCAACUUUUUCUUUCUGUUUAAUUCAUUCAGACAAUGAAGACAAAGCAAAUGGUCUCUGACUAACAGUAUUUCAAAAUGUUUUGUUUAAGUCAGAAAAUCCCCCAAAAUCAUUGGUUUGAUACUUCCCCCAUUUAAUUUUGUCCUUAGAUGCUGACAACCUACCUCAGUCAUAAAUAGCGAACUUGCUUGACCAGAGAGAGUAGCACCUGAACUACGGUUGCUAUAGUAUUUUAUCUAGGGUCUACUUUUCUUUCUUUUUUUUCUCGCUUCCUCGCAUCACUUUAAAAACAAUGAAAUCCAUUAAACAUUUUAUACAACUUGUACGGCCCAAAUAGGGAAUAGGUUAUGGGAAUUAGGGUCGUGUUCAUUAGGGCACACAUGGCAAAAUGUUUUUUUUAAAUGGUUUGUAACGGAAAACAAGUGUACCUCCCUGUUUCACUCUGUUUUGGAGCGUUUUUGUUUUGUGCUGAAUACGACCCAGGAGUGCUGUAUCUUUGAGAAGUUCUUGUAAGUACUCCCCACUGCAUUGAAAUCUACGAUUUCAGUUGGUGUCUGAAUAGAUAUUCAGUAUGACAAGCAAUUGUCAUUGUGGUGGGUAAGCAGAGACCAGCAGUUAUCAUUUGAGGUUUUGGAACAUACUCUUUUCAGAUUCUGCCCAAUGUUUGUGUUGCCAGUGUUAUUCAUAUUGAUCAAGGAAACUAAUCGAUUAUUUUCACAUGGCCAUUUAUUGUCAGUUUUCAACAGUUGGAUAGUCUGUUGAGACCAAACACUGCUGCAUUCAACCUUCUUCCCCCUAAAUCAUGAGAGCUUUACAGUGUUUUGAACCAGAUUAGAGUUUUUCUUUCAGUUUCUUAAAUUUGUUGAAAUUAUUUUUUGUUGAACAAGGCUCUUGACUAAAGAAUGUCACAAAUAUUAGUAUCCACACAAAACGGGUCAAAACCAUGUUGAGGCAAUUGUGCCAAAGCAGAUGUGUCAAUUAUCUCUUGUUGCUAGGUCAGAUUUGGGUGCCUUUUUUGUUUUGAGUUUAGAUUGGUGGAGGCUGGAGCCCACAGUUGUUUGGCUAUUUGAGCUGGUCUACACAGGAAGUCCCAGUAAGAAAAUACAUUAUUUAAGACGGUUUGUCAUUAUUUACUGUUAAAUUUUUUACGGAGUGGGGGACUUAAGGAGGGAUGUAUCUCCAGACGUGGAAUGGUAUUGAUUUGUGAGUGUCGACAUCCUUUUUGACUUAAUUAUCUUUGUCUAAAGUAUAGUAUUUAUUAAUAAUUGAUUGCGUCACAACUUUGUUUCAUUUGAAAGGCAGUUUGUAUUAAAUUGUACAUAUGUGGCAAGCAAGAGAGUGCUGUACCAGAGCCAUUUAUAUAUGUCUCUGUACUCUACACGAGUUCCCAGUAAGGGGUAGCAGAACACUUACGAAGCUGGGACUUUUUUUGUGAAUGAAUACGUGGCAGACUGAAUGAUCCAGGCUCAAGGCACUGCCAUUGUUAGACAUGUCCCUUUCAAUCUGAGUAAACUGAGUUCUAACCAAUAACACAUCCUGCCUCCCAGUUCAACGAUAUUACCCUCAGAAAUCAGCCUUUAUUAUGGCUGCUUCAGAUUAGCUUUUUCCACAGGCACAGUUCAAAUUGUAGUAAACAUAGUUCAUCUUUUGGGUUAAAACGGUUGCUGAGACUUAUAUUGAGACUUUUAUAUUUUCGUUCCUGGUCAUUAGAUUCCUCACCCCAGCGAUAGUCCCCGUUUUUGAAUUUGUACUGUUUAUGGCAUUUGUCUACUUUCAGGAUUUUAUAGAACUGAGUCUGUUGUAAAUUCCUAGAAUAUCUCAAAUGGUAUUGGUAAUACAUGCAUUUGACUAUAGCAUAAGCAUAUUUACGUUUUGUGAUCAUCCUGAAUUCAGACUUGCAUAGACACUCAGUACUGUAUGAGGAAGCCAUUGUGUGCAAGGUGUAGUAGUAUACCUAAUCUAAUAAUAAGGAGAUGGUAUUGACUGAGGAAACGUAUGGGAUCUAGUCUUCCACUUUUCUGCAGUACUCAUGACAUUUCCAUAUAUAUAUAGCUUGCGGAUUGUUAUACCAAUAGGUGAGUUUUGAAAACAUUAAAGGUAACCCGCAUUGUUUAAUGGCAUUUUCUCUGUCAAAGAACCCCAAACCGUAGCGGUUCCCUGAAUAUGACCAUAGUUGUAUGAUUCAUGCAUUUUAAGCAACAUGUUAUUACGUCUAGCAGAAUUUCAUCCUCAACUAAGCCAAUCUAUCCAACAAAUUACUCUACAGAUUUGAGUCACAUUGUUUUAAUUUAUAAGUGUAGAACAACACUGCGCAGAUAACAGAUUUCCUCAAGCUUUUUCAUUUUGCGAGAGAGAGGUGAAGUACAGGUUGUUUCUGAGGAACUGAGCCAGAUGAAGGUGAAACCUGGGUUAGGGUCCAGAGUGGGUUUUAAGCAAAUGGAGGAUCCGGUCUUGUUAGUGGCAUCCCUUCUUAUUAUAACAAUGCUUAAGGUAGCAUGGGCAGAGCUUGCAAUCCAUGAUGUAAAUGUUUUGUUUGUCUUUUUUUAUAUCUUCAUAUGAAAAGACAAUACAAUUAAAAUAAUAUUUUAUUAAGCUUUGAAUCGCCUCCAGUUGUUCCAAAAGUCAGACACAAUAAAAUCACAAAUACCAGUAUUGGAACUGAUGCAACUUUAGGGGUAAGAGAGGUGUUUGGGUCGUCACUAGUUACCACAGCCACAAAGUCAUAAUUAUGGCUAAAUGUCGCCUAUUUCUACAAUUUAUCUUCUUAAAAUCUGACUUUAACCUUAACAACACUGCUAACCUUAUGCCUAACCUUAAGACCAAAAAGCAAAUGUUCGUUUUCAUGAGUUUUUACAGUAUAGCCAUUUUUGACUUUGUGGCUGUGGUAACCAGUGACAACCAGCCGGUUGUGGUGUAGAUUGGUGUGAUGUCCUUUACCUGAUGCUGGGGCCUCAGGGACACAUUUGUCUCCUUUUCAAAAAUAACUGUCAAAUUCUAAAUAAUCAUAUUCUAACACCUGUUAUUUACUUGUGGAAUUCAACUUUUUUUUUUAGUUUUUUUUUUGAAUUGUCUGCAAAUUCAUGUUAGCUUGAAAAGUAACUGAACUUCCUUCUGGAAAAAUAAAGUUAUUCAAAACAGAAA